UGUAAUGUAUAGGACGUGAUGCAAGACCUCCUUCAAAAAUUCUAAGUUGACUCUGGUACAUGUUGAAAUUUGCAUUUAUAACCGAGACAAAAAGAGGAAAUGAGUCUUUCCGUACUCGCCCCUUCUGCUUUUGGGACUUUAAUUCUCUAAUAUCGGUGGAGGACACAAAAAGGUAAGAUGAAGGACCGACUGACUGAGCUGCAGGCCUUCACGCCUGCAGAGCAGGAGUACAAGCCCACGGAGAACGAGAGACUCACCAGUGAGGAUGAGGAGCCUCUGGAGCAACACGCCAUCGUGUUUGAGGGUGAGGACAUGAUGGAUGGCAUCUACAAGGAUGCCCAAGUGAUGAGGAAGGAGAUCCAGUUGCUCAGAAUGGAUGUGAAACGUCUGGGGAAGCAGAACACCAGGUUCCUCACAUCAGUCAGGAGGAUCAGCAGCAUCAAGCGGGACUCCAACGCACUGGGACGAGACAUCAAGGCCAGAGGGGAGUCCAUUUAUAAAAAGCUGGAAAAAAUGGGGAAGCUGAGCAAGGAGCUAGAGGAAGACCACGGGGUUACAUCAGCUUUGGCUCGCAUGGUGCGCUCGCAGUACGUGUCUUUGACCAGCGCCUUCCACAGUGCCAUGUCUGAAUACAAUGAGGCUGAAAUGGCACAAAGGGAGAAUUGCAAAACCCGCAUCCAGAGGCAAGCAGAGAUCAUGGGCAAGGAGGUAACCAGGGAGCAGAUAGAUGAGAUGAUUGAGACGGGCAAGUGGAACGUCUUUUCGGAUAAUCUCUUGCUGGAAGGGAGGACUGCCAGAUCUGCUCUCAACGAGAUUGAGAACAGGCACAAGGAGCUGCUGGAGCUGGAGGGCCGCAUUAGGGACAUUCACGACCUUUUUUUCCAGAUGGCGAUGCUGGUGGAGCAGCAGGGCUGCAUGCUGGACAACAUAGAAGCAAAUGUAGGGGCAACAGAGGACUACGUAGCCAAAGCUUCAGCGCAGAUCAAGCAGGCUGUGAAAUACAAGAAAAGCAAUCCAUGCAAGAAGCUGUUUUGUUGUUGUUUCCCGUGCUGUAAAUGAGGCGCCACCAGUUCCCGCCCCCUACCAGAACAUUUGAUUCAAAUCCGCUUUCUCUGCAAAUGUUUCUAAAUGCUCACAUGAAAGCUUCUUGCUGCUCUAGAUGUGUCCAGAUAUCACAUUCUGGUAUCAUUUUCUUUACUGAGUUGAUACCAACUAGUCAGAGUGAUUCAAACCACACGCACAUAUGCAAAUAUAUACAGUGCGAUAAUGGUAGUUACGUUUCCUGAUUGCUACUGAGAACAGCUUAUGCAUACAUGACUGCUGUAAAAACAUCUAAAUUAUUAUUUCAUGUGACUUGCAGCUUUGUUUAGCAUUUAGCUUUGUACAGUUUUUGAUGUGGCAUGCAAUAUUUAAGCCCAUAAAGUAUGAUUUUAUUUAUAAAUAAAUGCCUUGGAGUGGCUAUAUUUGGACAACGUGAAUGUACAUCUACAGCUAAGCUUGGAACCGGUACUUGCUAUAGACGUGUUUCUUAUUGCAACCAUUGCUUCACAAGUGUGUAGAAACACUGAUCACAGC